AUGAGCAAGGGAGUGAGAUAGAGAAAGGGAGAGAGAGAUAAUGCCUUCUGAAUGCAUGAUGAAUUUAGUCAUCAGGCUUAGGCUGACUGGGGGCCGAUCGUAGCUGUGCAGUGCGCAGAGCAAGCGAGCGAACAAGCGUGCGUGUGAGUGAGUGUGUGCGAGACCUUGCUCACAGGCACUCCAUCAUCAGCUAUACCCUGCAGCCUCUCUCACUCUCUUAUCCUCCUCCUGAAGAGAGAGAGAGAAAGAGAGAAUCACGCAACACGCCAGAAAGAAGAAGUGGAGAAGAUAAAAAAACUCUCUCCUCUCUGCACUGCUCUUUUGCUGAGCGUGAGAGGGAAGGGAAGAGGGAGAGAGAGGGAGGCAGUGAGCUACAGAAAUAAAACAGUGCUUCUUGUCGUCCGUGCUGCUUUCUCUGCUGUGGCUCCAGCCCACAGAGCUGUGAUUGCCAGUGCUAGAGCAGUAGCAGUGUCUCUCUCUCUGCAGACUGCAGCCUGAGGAAGAGAGGAUGCUUAAUAACAUGACAGACACCGAGGAGGGAGAGGGGGGACCCAACAGCCAGGGCGAUGGGAACCCCAAGGAGAGCAGUCCCUUCAUCAACAGCAGCAGUGCCAGCGACGUGGAGAAGAGCCAGCAGUACGAUGGCAAGAACAUGGCCCUGUUUGAGGAGGAGAUGGACAACAGUCCUAUGGUGUCGUCCAUACUUAGCAGUCUGGCCAACUAUUCCAACCUGCCUCAGGGCAGCAAAGAGCACGAGGAGGCCGAGAACGAGGAGGGGGCGGCACCAUCCAAAAAAAAACCUGCUGUCAAGGCACCAUCGCUGGGCACUCUGAUGGGUGUGUACCUACCCUGCAUCCAGAAUAUCUUUGGUGUUAUCCUGUUCCUGCGGAUGACCUGGAUGGUGGGCAUCGGAGGGGUCUUUGGCUCCUUCAUCAUAGUCUUCAUGUGCUGCUCCACGACCAUGCUGACAGCGAUCUCCAUGAGUGCCAUCGCAACGAAUGGAGUGGUGCCAGCCGGAGGCUCCUACUACAUGAUCUCCCGUUCCCUGGGGCCUGAGUUUGGCGGAGCUGUCGGAAUCUGCUUCUAUUUGGGGACUACUUUUGCGGGUGCCAUGUACAUCCUUGGUGCCAUCGAACUUCUGCUGAUUUACAUCCUUCCCCAGGCGGCCAUUUUUAAGAUGGAGGGUCUGGAAGGGGCUGAUAUGGAGGCAGCGAUGCUGAACAACAUGCGCGUGUACGGCACCAUUGUGCUCAGUUUCAUGGCCACGGUGGUGUUUGUGGGGGUCAAAUAUGUCAACAAGCUGGCUCUGGUCUUCCUAGCGUGCGUUAUUCUGUCCAUCCUGGCUGUUUAUGCUGGGGUCAUCAAGACGGCCUUUGAACCCCCUGUUUUCCCCGUGUGCAUCCUGGGGAACCGCACUCUGAUCUCCAAGGGAUUUGACGUGUGUGCCAAGGUCAUUGAGAGGGACAACGGCACGGUCACCACCAAGCUGUGGAAGAUUUUCUGCGACUCUGAGUUCCUCAACGCUACCUGUGAUGAGUACUUUGCCAACAACAAUGUUUCUGAGAUCCAGGGCAUCCCAGGGGUUAGCAGUGGUAUACUGGCUGAGAACCUGUUUGGUUACUACCUGGAGAAGGGAGACUUCUUGGAGAAGCGAGGAAUCUCAGCCAUGCAGGACCCUGACGCUCCCAUCACCAACUCCAACCGUUAUGUCCUGGCUGACAUCACCAGCUUCUUCACCCUGCUGGUGGGGAUCUAUUUCCCCUCUGUCACAGGCAUCAUGGCUGGCUCUAACCGCUCUGGAGACCUGCGUGAUGCCCAGAAGUCCAUCCCCAUAGGCACCAUAGCAGCCAUCACCACUACUUCUAUAGUGUACAUGUCUGCCGUGGUCCUGUUUGGGGCCUGCAUUGAAGGGGUGGUCCUGAGGGACAAGUUUGGUGAGGGGGUGGAUGGUAACCUUGUAAUUGGUACCCUGGCGUGGCCUUCACCAUGGGUGAUCGUGAUUGGCUCCUUCUUCUCCACCUGUGGGGCAGGGCUUCAGAGUUUGACUGGAGCACCACGCCUCCUGCAGGCCAUCUCCCGCGAUAGCGUAAUCCCUUUCCUUAAAGUUUUUGGGCAUGGCAAGGCCAACGGAGAGCCUACCUGGGCCCUACUCCUCACAGCCAGUAUCUGUGAGAUCGGCAUCAUCAUCGCCUCUCUGGACGCUGUUGCCCCCAUCCUCUCCAUGUUCUUCUUGAUGUGCUACAUGUUUGUCAACCUGGCCUGUGCCCUGCAAACUCUGCUGAGAACCCCCAACUGGAGGCCUCGCUUCAAGUUCUACCACUGGGCUCUCUCCUUCCUGGGCAUGAGCUUGUGUCUGUCGCUCAUGUUUAUCUGUUCCUGGUACUACGCCAUUGUUGCCAUGGUGAUUGCUACCUGCAUCUACAAAUACAUUGAGUUCGCUGGGGCAGAGAAGGAGUGGGGAGAUGGUAUACGUGGCAUCUCACUCAGCGCUGCUCGCUUCGCCCUCAUGAGGCUGGAGGAGGGACCGCCUCACACCAAGAACUGGAGGCCUCAGAUUAUGGUUCUGGUGAGCAUGGAUUCAGAACAGAAUGUGGAGCAGCCCCGUCUGCUGUCCCUGACCAAUCAGCUGAAAGCAGGAAAAGGUCUUACCAUCGUGGGUACCUCAGUGGUGGGCACCUUUCUCAACAACCAUGCAGAGGCCCAGAAGGCAGAUCAGUCUCUGAGAAAGCUGAUGGAGACAGAGAAGGUGAAGGGUUUCUCCCAGGUGGUGAUCUCCUCCAACCUGAGGGAUGGGACCUCCCACCUGAUCCAGGUCGGGGGGCUGGGAGGCCUGAAGCACAACACUGUGCUGGUCAGCUGGCCACGCACCUGGAAACAGGCAGAGGACAACCUGCGGUUCAGGAACUUCAUCGAGGUGGUUAGGGAGACGACUGCAGCAAGCAUGGCUCUGCUGGUCCCUAAAAACAUUGCUGCCUACCCGUCGAACGGAGAACGCUUCACUGAAGGCCACAUUGACGUGUGGUGGAUCGUCCAUGAUGGAGGCAUGCUGAUGCUGCUGCCCUUCCUUCUCCGCCAGCACAAGGUUUGGAGGAAGUGUAAGAUGCGCAUCUUCACCGUGGCCCAAAUGGACGACAACAGCAUCCAGAUGAAGAAAGACCUGAUCACCUUCCUGUAUCACCUGCGUAUCGAUGCCGAGGUCGAGGUGGUGGAAAUGCAUGACAGUGACAUCUCAGCCUAUACAUAUGAGAAGACCCUGGUGAUGGAGCAGCGCUCCCAGAUCCUCAAACAGAUGCACCUCACCAAAAAUGAGAUGGAGAGAGAAAUCCAGAGCAUCACGGAUUCAUCCCGUGGUUCUAUCCGCCGUAAGAACCCGUCUAACUUGCAGUCUCUGCAGAGCAGUGAGGAGCCGGCAGGAGUCAGCGUGGAGGAGAAACCAGAGGAGGAGUCUGUGGCUGUCUCCCGCCCUAAACAGGUGCAGCUGAUCCACAAUAAGAACCCCACGUCCCCCACCACGCCCGCAGGGAGCGCUGCCACCCCCGGGUCGGAGGUGCAGAUGACCUGGACAGACAAGGCUGAGACCCAGGCUGCAGCAGGCCACCCAGAGCAGGGCGGGGUCAAAGACAUCUUCAACAUGAAGCCGGAGUGGGAGAGCCUGAACCAGUCCAACGUGAGGCGCAUGCACACAGCGCUGAGGCUCAAUGAGGUCAUCAUGAAGAAGUCCAAGGAGGCCAAGCUAGUGCUGCUCAACAUGCCUGGACCACCCAAGAACCGGAACAAUGAGACCAAACCCAUGGACAACGCACUGUACCGAGAUUACCCAUACUUUGCUGACAUUCAGGUGAUGAUAUUCAUUGGAUUUGGGUGCCUUCUGGCCUUCUUCCGUCUCUACGGCUUCAGUGGAAUGGUCUUCAAUUUCCUGACGGCCACCUUCGCCAUCCAGUGGGCCAUCCUGGUACAGGGCUACUUCCAGUUCAGCCAUGCUGGGAAGAUCCACCUGGGGGUCAUCAACCUGAUCAAUGCUGAGUUUGCCUGUGCCGUGGUGCUCAUUUCCUUCGGGGCUGUCCUGGGAAAGACCAGCCCAGUGCAGCUCCUAGUCAUGGCCCUGCUGGAGGUCCCAGUGUUCUCAGUCAAUGAAUGGGCCGUGCUCAAGUACCUGAGGAUCAACGAUGCAGGGGGAUCCAUCCUCAUCCACCUGUUUGCCUGCUAUUUCGGCCUGGGUGCAACAUUUGUCCUGUACAGGCCACGUCUGAACGAGGGUCACGCCAAGGAGAACACCAGCUACCAGUCAGACAUCCUGUCAGUUAUGGGCACCCUGUUCCUCUGGGUGUUUUGGCCCUCCUUUAACUCUGCUCUAACCCUGAAGGGAGACGACCAGCACAGGGCCAUCCUGCACACCUUCAUAGGCCUCAGCUCCUCCACCCUCACAGCCUUCGCCCUCUCUGCCAUGCUCAACAAGAAUGGCAAGAUUACAAUGGCCGACAUCCAGAACGUGACCCUGGCGGGCGGGGUGACAGUGGGGGCGUCGGUGGACAUGAUGAUCUCCCCUGCGGCUGCGUACGCGCUGGGUGUGAUGGGCUGCACCGCCUGCAUGCUGGGAUACAAGUACCUCAGCCCCUUCCUGGCCCGCCACCUCCGGAUCCAGGACCAGUGUGGUAUCCACAACCUGCAUGGCCUCACAGGACUCAUAUCCUGUGCCGCAGGGAUAUGUGCCAUCCUGACAGCCACUGAGGAGGUGUAUGGACCCAGCAUGUAUGAGAUCUUUAGCCACAGGGCACCUAUGGAAGGAGAUCCUAAGCUUCUGGAGCUCCAGGAGUUGAUCCCUGGUCUGCAGCCAGGUCUGGGGCGCAGUGCCAGGGAACAGGCCCUCUACCAGGUGGCAGCUGUGUUCUCCACUAUGGGAGUGGCAGCACUGGGGGGCAUAUUGACAGGCUUUGUGUUGAAGCUGCCGUAUCUCGCAUCACCCUCAGAUGACCUCUGCUUUGAUGAUGAGCUAUUUUUCAAUGUUCCGCCUCAUUAUGAUUGUCCGAUGGCCCUAAAUGGUCAAAUCAAAACUGACGAUUCGACAGCAUCAUAGGGUGCUAGCUAUGCAUUUAGUUGUAUAAAUAAGUUUAAUGCUGAAUGAAGGUAAAACAUUUAAAUUGAUUUGAUAAUCAUGCAGUUUAGCAAUAGAAUAAAUCCUCAUUCGUGGUUAAUGUACUCUGUGAUCCAUUUCUCUUUCUUGCACUUUUUAUUUUACAAUCCCACAUGAGAGGUUUUAUGGACACAAACUUGGUUUUGUAACCAAAUUAACCAUUGGGUUUUUAUUUGUACUUAUUUUAAGAUGUUUUAGUAUGCAAGUCUGUGUCUCGCUGCCUAAUGAAAUCCAUUUGUCUAUUUUUAGUGGUUUGUAAAAGUGCGUCAUCUCAUACUGACUACAGUAGCCUCACACACCUGACUGUUAAAUGUAUUAAGGUCAGAGGGCUUUUGUUUUCAAGUGUGGUACAACAUUGGUAAUUUUAUGUCAAAUGACCUGAGAAUGAAUACAAUUUUGCGGUUAGCAAAAAAAUUGCAAAUGUGGGCACUCAAACCACAUGAUUAUAUCAUUCAUACAGUGUACAUUAACAUAAUACAGAAUAUUGACAUAUCCACAUUCACAUAAUACAGAAUAUUGAUACUAAUUUGAUGACUCUAUUAAUAAAGAAUCUCUCAUUACAAUCCCACUAUUGCUUUACACUGUUCCUGCAGUCCUCCUUGCGAUGUUGUAUUGUGUAUACUGAUUUAGAUCAUGUUUAGUGGAGUGGUGAAAGGUAUUUUACAGCUCCUUAAAGGGUCACAAAGUCUGAUGGCCAACAUGCAGUAAGCUAUUAUGCAACUACUUAAGGUGACCCUUUAGCAUGCAGAGAGGCCUUGAGUGCAAAAUUCUUAGCUAGGGACUAAUAUUUUUCCUGGUUAGGAAAUUCUCCUGAUCUUGUGAAUUUAUUUCCUGACAUCAAACAAGUGUUUGAAAAUUGAAAGAGGUUGUUAUUCUACAGCCAAAUUACAGUCGUAAAGAGCCAGACAUGUUUAUUCCCCACAAAAAAAACACUAAAUAAAUAAAUAAAAGGUUGGCUACAUAGCUCUGUUCUAUGAUCAUAUCUGUGCAGGGGAGGUAAUGCAGUCCUAGGAGGCAUUUGUUUUUCACAUUUUGGGUGAUUUGAUCUAAUAUUCCGGUAGGUGGCGGUAAAGUACCAUAUUGAAAAGAGAGAGGCGGUGGAGUAGCCUUUCUAGAUAGCUAGGACAAACAACCCCGCCUUCCUCGAGGCUUGAGUGCAGAGCGCCAUUUUAGAGAGGCAAAGGAAGUUGUUUUGUGAAACAACUUCAAACGCUUGAAAGGCGAAGAAAGAUAACUAAUAUAAAGCUAAAUACUUUACGGGCUGUUACUGAUAAUUUCGUUGGGUAAUACGUAGUCUAGAGAGAGCAUUUUCUGGAGCGAUUAUUUUGAAUCUGUUGGUAGGAACAGCAGCAGGCGAAUCCGAGGUCAAAUUGGGCCUAUUUUAGAAGGAGGCAACGGUAGUUCGCAGGCUAGCUCACUGGCUGAUUGGUUAGCUUGCUAGCUAGGUAACUAUUCAUUUUCUGGUCACAGAAAAAGAAGCAGACGGGACGGGACGGUGGGACAAAUCCCUGCGGAGACCAUGGCAGACGAUUUUGACAUUGAGGCUAUGCUAGAGGCUCCAUACAGAAAGACUUGCCUAAUGAUAUCUCACCUCUACUCCCAUGAAUUCACCUUUGAUUCCAGUGUGAACUGUGAAAAAAGUAAGGUAGUAAUUGCGCAAUGUAUUGAUGUACUGUGAUCCCCCUAGGACAAAAAGAGCCUCAUCUUAGAACAUCCUAUCACCUGUUCGGUUGCAACAAGGUGAAUGCAAAUGGAUGAUAAUCAGCGCAUUUUACCUCACAUGCAAAGGAGACAGUAUUUAAAAUUUCUGUUGACAUGGUAACUAACGGCAUUGUUCCACCAUGUUUACACCUGUUAGUUAGAUUGACCGCGAUACCAGUAGUUCUGGCACAUAUUCUAUUUAUAUGCAUUGACAUUUGUUAUGCAUCGUUGUCAAGUAAGUCAGACCUGAAAUAGACCUUACGUGUGUUAGUACUUUUACCCUUACAUGUCUUUUCGUAGAUUAGUCUACUGACUCAAUAGUAUACGUUGUUUUACAAAUCAUUGAUAUGGCUUAAAUGUGUAGUCAUGAUUUUGCCGAGGUCAACAGAGUAAGCUAUUGAUAACUUUGAAAUAUGAAUACUGUCUCCAAGCCCAAGUCUAUUGAUUCCGAUUCGUAAAUCAGCAUCUUGACUUUGCAUGCCUUUUAACACCAGUAAUAUUCAAAGUUUAUUUUCUUAUUACAACUUAUUUAAGAUUUUCAUUUCAAGAUUUCAUUUCCAUGAUACAUUUAGUUAUUGAUUUCACCAAUAAGAAUAGUUUUCCCCCUCAUGAAAUACAAGCCAAAAUGGAUCACCUCCAUUCAGCCGGCACUAAAAGAACAAACAUAGGUCAUUUAACAUGAGGCUGAACUAGUGGAUUUUUUCUUUUCAGUUUUUCUUGGGAGUCCAUAUUACUAAGCAGUGUGAAUCCCUGUUUGCUUCAGGGCGAGAUGUGUGACAGAGGUGGCAUCGAACUCUUACAUUCCAAGAAGGAAAAUGGGUGAAGAUCACUGGACUGGCACCAACCACAGGAUCUCUUUUAGUGGCUGUGGGCCAAGCAUGGCCUCAGUGGGCUUAGGAACAGAUAGUGGUAUUGGUACGACAAAGCAGGAGGGGUGGGGUUGAGAUGACCAAACUGUUACCAUGGCUUACUGUAGCAUGCCAAAAUGUUAGAUACUUUCCCCAUACACCUUGACUUUUGGUUGGAUUGAGUACUGUACAGCAUGUAGUUAUAACAGUGGGUGGGGGUGGAACUCUACAGGGGCUGUAGAUGGACCACCUUAGAUACUUCUCCAACAUAUCAGUAAUGUUAACAGUAUUUUUACUAAAUGAAUAUAUUCUGUAUUUUCUUGUUCCCUCCCCUUACCCCUGACGACUUGCAAUGUUUCCUCUACGUCCUCAUGAUGUUCUUCUAUCGACCCUGCUUAGGAUGAGAUCAAGUCCUCUAGCGCUAAUGGACAUGAGGAGCGCAGUAGUAAGAA